AUGAGUGUUGUUCCAUAUGCAUAUGAAUGUUAUAAGUCUAGCGUACUUCAAUAUAAAGAAUAUACUCUCAGAAUUACUGAUAAUGCUUUAGUCAUACAUAAAGAAGGUGCUGAUGAAGACAUUACCAUCGGUCCUGGUAUAUUACCUAUCGAGCAACCAGAUGGUACAAUUGUUGAAACAGACUUAAAUCAAUACCUUCAAGCGUUACAGAAUCGUGUGACAAAAGUAGAGAAUAAUUACUUAGAUGCUCCAUUCUUCACAACUGAUAGAGAUUAUAUGUUUUCAUGUAUGGCGAGUAAUGGUUUGCAAGAAACUCGUGAGGUAAAUAUUAAUGAAGCAUUAGAGACUAUAAUAUAUCAUGUCAAACGGUUAUUAUCGAUUGACCAUGGAGUUCAUUUUGACCCAAGGUCUACACUGUUCAAUAUACCAAUGAUUGAAAAUAGUCAUUUAACAUUUAAAGAAGAUACAUUGUAUAAUGCUUUAAACGCAGCAUUUGCUUAUAUAUUAGGUCAUGAGCAAGUACAAAAUAGUGGUAUUGCAAUAUACUUAGAUAAAGUUAUGUUAAAGAAACCAUUGACAUUCACAGAAGAUGGACCAAAAGCAACUGGUAUUGUUGGUGAUGGAACAUUAUUGACGAAAGAAUACUUAGCAAGUCAUGUCGGAGAAUUUUUCUCCACUAAUGAUAGCAUCAGUACAACACCAGAAGUUAUUUUAUUGAAGAAACCAAUCACAUUUGAUGUUGAAGGAAAGACAAAAGCAACUGGUAUAGCUGGCGAUGGAGUUCUUCUGACUAAGGAAUACUUGAAGAAAAAUAUCAAUGACUUCGUUGAAGUUGUCAAAGAUAAAGAAUCUGGUCUUAAAUUCAAUCCUUUAUCAUUCAUCUUUGACAUAGCAAAUGCCGGAGCUACUGCAGCCUCAUGGAUAUCAUUACAAGGUCACAUUGAUGCAUUAUGGACUUUUAUUGGUGCAAGAGAUGGUAUUCAAACAGUCACUGCAGCUUUAGAGUUAAUACCUGGUGGUAAAGGUGGUUUUGUUCUAAGUUUCAAAAAUCUUGUUACUACUGUAUUGACAAACGCGAAAUCUGCUGUAGGUUUUACCAUACAUAACGCGAGAAUGUAUUGGCAAUUAGGUACUGCUUGGUUACGUGCAAUACCAAGAGAUGCAGAUGAUAAGAAAGAAGAUCAAGUUGACCUUAAUGUUCCAACUGUUAUUGUUAAACUUCGUGAAUUAUAUCCAUCAUUUGUAGAAUUCAUCAAGAGUGUAAAUGAUUCAAUCAGUACUAAUAGUAUUACUUUAGAUAAAGAGUUUCAAGGGAUAGAUUACAUCUUUUGUUCGCUUGCUGAAUUAGCGAAGAAAGUUGAGGAGAACAAAAAUAAUGGAGGAAGAACUGCACUUGAGAUUGCAGGCAAAGCUGACAAAAGUUAUGUUGACGAAGAGAUACGUAAAGUUGUAUCUAAAGAAUAUACUUUACCACAGUCUGUCAUACUUAAGACAAUCAAAGGUCCAGAGAAAGAUAUGUACCCAGGUGAUGGUACAACAGUUAAAGUUAAUGAAAGAGUUUCAUUCCCAUCUGGUAUUGAUGCAAAAGAAGUAUAUAUUAAUGGUGAAAACAUCAAUACAACAUUGAUUCCUUUGAAAAAUAAUGAGUUCACUGAACCUUUGACAAUUAAAUCAAUUCGUUCAAGAGAAGACAAACCUGUUAUAAUCAAUAAAAUAGGAGCUGAUAAUGACCAACCAGUUCAAAUCAAGAAAAUAAGAGCUGAUGACAUUAUCUUGAACUAUACUUUAGGCUCAAGUGCUCCUUUACCAAAUCCAAGCACUAGUGUAAGAGAUACACUUAAUAGUUUAGAUAGUAAAUGUACGAAUAUUGAAGGACAUGUCAGAAACUUUGAAACACAUGAACUACCAGCAAUGUUAGAUAAGAAAGCAGACAAAAAUCAUACACAUGAAUUCUUCACAACUAUUAGAGCUGAUGAGAUAAUAUUGAAUUGGGCUAUUGCUUCAUCAAGCAUGCGUGAUGAAGAUAUGCACACUAACCUAAGAGAUAUGGUUGUUGAUUUAGCCAAUAAAACCGACAAAAUAUAUGUAGAUGAAGAAUUAAAUCGUUAUGAUACAAAAGCAUUGAGUUAUACAGAAGAAGCAAAGGAAUGGGUCAAUGAAAAUUAUGUGAAGAAGUCAGAAGUAAACGAGGCGGUUAAUGAUAAAAUAAAUGAAAGAUUUUCGAACAUAGAUUCAAUAACAGUUAAUGACAUUCAAUUACACCAUCAGUUACCGGGUCAAAAGAAUGUGGAAUAUAAUAAUCUUACUAAGGUUCUUGAUGGUUUCGAUGAAUUUAGAACUGAUGCAACAAAUGCAAUUACAAGUAUGAAGACUGAAAUAUUGCAAGCUAUAUAUCCUAUCGGUGCUUUAUAUACGUCAAUGAACUCAACAAAUCCGGCAAGUGUUUUAGGUUUUGAUACAUGGCAGCAGAUUGUAGACAAAUUCUUAUACUGUGCUAACUCUUCAAAGCAAACAGGAGGUUCAAAGAAAAUUUUAGAAGCAAACCUUCCACCACAUAAGCACACAGGAACUACAAACUUUUCUGGCGACCAUAGCCACUCAUUAAGAGACCACCCAUUAUACAACUCAGACUAUGAAGCUGGCAAUGACGUUUUAUCUCCAUCUUAUAACAAUUCAGCAAAAAAGACUUUUCGACCAACUGAACCAGGAGGAAAUCAUUCACACACUUUCACAACAAAUCCAACAGGCUCGGGUGAAGAUUAUAUGCCACCAUUUAUGACUGUAUUCGCAUGGUUCAGAGCUGCUUAA